AUGGCAGCCGGCGGUUCGAAACGAGCUGCGCCCGCGAGUGCGCCAGGUUUCGAGUUUAUCGGAGAGCUUGUGGACCCCAAGAGGGCAAGCGACUCUGACCACAAUGCUCUGCUUUGUCGAUUGGAACAGCCAGGCGGCAGCCUUGUUUUGGUGUCGUGGAACAUACUGUGCAAGUUCGGAUUCAAUGAACGCUGGGGGUUUCCCUACGAUGGAUUCAAUCGGCGGUCUGAGUCCGAGGCUGCCUAUUUGGAGCGGCUAGCGCGCAUCUCCGACAACGUCAAAGCGUUUUCCAGGGCCCAUGAGCCCGACGUGAUCUUGAUUCAGGAGAACGCCAAUGUGUGGCGGAACGAGUUUGGACACGAAGCCUUGCCACAAAUGCUGGCAUCACUGCAAGAGCAGGACUAUCUUAUCUUUCAGGAGGGAGAGUUUGUUACUGUCGUGCGGGAUCGCAGCAGGGAAGCAUUUCCCAUAGCUCUUCCACGUCUUUCGCGAAUGAAGAGCAAAGUUCACGCAGUACGGGUUCCUGCGCUGAAUGCCGUGAUCCUGAACGUGCACCUGACCUUCGAUGGCUAUGACACCAGGGAGUCGAAGCAGACGAGGAAGGAUUUGGAAGGCAUCGUCGCGUUCUGCAAGGAGCAGUACCGUGGCACUUCGAUUAUCCUUGCUGGCGAUACAAACCGAGUACCUCAGGAAGAUCGCCUGGACGGAGCUGCGGAGGUCAUCGAGCAGCUCAUUGAUGGGCUUGGCAUCCUCUACAUGCCGCCGGGUCCGACGAACGUGCGGUACAAUUGCGACAAGGACACGACCGAGUACACAUAUGCGGAUUUUGUCGCUGACCUCACCGUUCGGAGCUGA